CAGGGUGCUUUGCGUGCAGGGCGUGGUGACGUGUAUUCGGUGCGGUCUGCGGUCCACCGCCAAAUUCAAACAGUGGAAGAAAGAAACAACAGGCAGCUGAAGCGGAAUAUUCUCAAAACUGCUGCUUUCAGGUUAUUCAGUUAAAAUGGCAUCAUCAAUAAUGGAUGGAUUGGGUAAAGCUGUGGUGGGAGUGUGGCGGGCGCACACAGUCCUUGAUGAGUCUGACGACGCUCAGAGCCCCCAAGAAGCCCCCGACCGUUUCCGCAAGCUUCGCUCUUCCUCUUCACUAAACUCUCUGCGAAUGUCUUUGCGUAAGCGUCUCCCCCUCCGCUCCGUCCAGACCAACUCUCUCCCAGAGAAUCCAACUUGGGAGGCCCAGAAGGAGCAGCCAAAGCCCAACAAAGUCCACAAACUUACUCGCAGUGCUCGCAACUCCGUCACUGGAGUAUAUCAGAGGCUGCAGAGGAGCAGAGAGUGCGCACGUGAGGAGUGUUUGGUUGCCACUCCAGGUACAUGUGAUGCAGAGGAAGCUGGCGCAUCAAACCCUCGCACCCCAAGACGUACGCCUGGCAGAGCUGCAACCCCGAGACGGACGCCCCGAGCAGCAGCCACUCCCAGGCGUACACCCGGCUCCAGAGGAAGAAGGACCCCCGAGGCUGCCGUCAGAGGGGUGAGAACAGGUGGAGGCCGGAGGCAGCUGGUCCGCAUGGCUGCACUACGAAGUCCCUUUGCCUCCCCCAACACAGAAAACAAGAGAAUAAAGUUUGAUGAAGAUCUGCAUUCAGUGUCCAGUGGGAUCAGGAGGCUUAAACAUCUGUCCAAGGCCUUUGAAAACAUCAUUGGCAGAGACAAAGGGACCAGCACAAAGGAAUGUUCUGGAGGAGCAGUGAUGAGAAAGUUGGACCCCAGCGGUAAACUCAGUCGCUCAAACCUCACACGUCGAGCCUCUAACCUCUCUACCACAGUGGGAGGUUGGGCUCACACAGCUGUGAACACUAUCUGCAAACCCAACUGAACAACAUGCAUGUCUGUAUGUGAUACACGGAUCCUUUUUAUAGACAUUUAUCCUUAUUGAUGUAUCACUGUUAGAUUUACUUUUAGUGUUGUCACUAUACUGGGAGACUGUUACACGGCAGCUUUUUUAUAUCUGUGAUGUGUGUAGUUUGCCGCAUUCAAGUAAUUCUUGUAUGUUUACAUAUCUUAGGUUAGCCUGGGUGAAAAACCCUCAUUGUAGCUACCAAAGGGAUUUGUAUAUUGUUGUGUAUGUACCUGUUUAGCUGCUACAACCACAUGUCUUUAGUUACAUUUGUAUAAUACUAAUAUUUUUGUUUUGGAUUCUCACUUUCUGCAUAGAAACGUUUUUCCAGUUUCUAAAAUAUACUUUAAAUUAAACACUGCACAAGACCAAAAUGAUAACUGCAAGAUUAACACUAAAUUCAGUGACGACGAGGAGAUGCCCCUCCCUUUACUUUAUAUGUAUGCAAUAAUGUUACUAACAUGUAUUAUUCCUUUUUUAAAUGAUGUUUGAUUAUGCUAAAUUAAAGUGGAUUUUCUAUGAAAGGGAACUGUUUUAUAUUUGAGUGGAUUUUUUUUUGUUCAUAUCUUUCCCUGAGGCAGAGGAAGGCACUUUGAAUGGCCCGUGGAUGAUUCUUGCAUCUAUAGUGUACACAUAAAUCAUUUGAUAAUGUAAUGGGGGAAGGUGUAAUGACUCAUUACCUGAUGUCAGCUAUAAUUAUGUUAUAAAGCCAUAUCCAGCAGCUUAUUAGUGUUGUGACUUUCAAAAUAACAUUUCAAAGGAAGAAACAUUUUUCCUCUGCCAAUUUCUGUGUAUCGGUACGCUUUUCCGCAGUGAUGAAAAGGAGAUGACGUGCCAAAAUGUGAAGAAAAAACACACAAUAAAGCCUAUAAACUAUAA